UUCCUCUCUUCUUCUUCUGCAUCCUCCGAGCAGCUCUGUUGGAAAGCCUUCAGUCAUUCUUCAACAUCUAGGUUAUGGCAAUGGUGCGAUAUAACUGAAAGGCCCCUCGUUCUGUAUUCCAACAAGCGUCUAUCAACUUAAUCUGCAUCUUCUACCAUGGUCUUCGUUCUACCGCGGGGCAACGGUAUGACAUGACAUAAUUGCGUUGGCUAUUUCUCGGUCGUAUAAGCUCCUGUACUAUCAUUAAAAGUGGAACUAGAUAAUCGAGGGCACUGUUCAAAAGGCAUACCGUCAACAUGGAGAAUAACGUACCAUCGAUGAACAGUAUUCAAAAGAGCGUGUGGGAAGGCAAGCUACCUCUGGAGAUAGUCCUGGCUCCAUCGGAGAGCCGGGUUUAUGACCAGACGGAUCCCUACCUUGUCUGUUUCCCACGUGUCUCUUAUCUUUUCUCGUUACUCCCUAAACUCAGUGACUUUUUCUCUUCUUUCCUUAUCGAGCCAACGUCUCGUCCACAUGACGGAUGGUUCUCCUUUGAAGGUGUGCCGUUAAAAUGGCAUUAUCCCAUUGGUCUCUUAUAUGACCUAUAUGCGGGCGCGGAUCCGGCCUCUAAAACAAGCCCAGGGAGGGAGAGGGAUUUCUCUCUUCUCUUACCCAAGAAACAAAAGCGAAGCGCAAAUACAGACUCCGACUCUGGAAGUGAGGGGGGGGACUCUUCUUUACCCUGGCGACUGACGGUACAUUUCAGCGAUUGGCCGGAACAGGACCUUGUCCGUCUUGAUGACCAUGGCAUAGUUAUACAUGAUGCCUUUAUCAACAGUGUCAAGGAAGCGGACUUUUUGCGCAAUGGGACUGCAAAGGGGAUUAUGAGCCUUUCAAAAGAAGAUUCAUCCGGGCUGUGGAAGGCUGUUGAACAAGCUGAUCUCUUCUCCUUCCAACGCAUCUCCAAGAUUCUUCUACCUCCUCCCUCUCAGCCAUUCCGUAAUAUCCCUAUUAGAGUCUUCCUUCCACUCCCACCAGACUCUAGCUCACCAUCUUUCAAAGUGGUCCAGUCUCCACUUCCGCCUUUCACCUCAACUUCAGGUCAACUUGCCUCGUCUGCAACCGGCUCUUCUACGACCAGUACGCAACUACAGACAGUUGGUACGGCACUUCAUGCCCUUCUCCCACAUCUCUUCCCGAGUCGCAGGAUUCCAGUUCUUGCAAAGCCUGUGUUACAUGGAGCGGUUUUGCCCAUGUCCGCCCCAAUUGAAGAGGUGGCUAGAUCCUCGGCAUAUGGAGAUGGGUGGGUAUAUAUUGUAGUUCGGAUGAUGGGAUAAAACAGUUGUCAAUCAAAAAUCUUUGCCAAAUCUAUCACUAAUGCUUGAUGUAAACGAUGGCGCAGGAAGGUGUAGAAUAACUGUAUCCGAUGCAUGGACAAAAAAUGAGAUGCUUGUUCUUCGAGGAGAUAGGAAGUUGAAACCGAGGGCUAUAUAGCUGGUCGUACAGAGGAAACAGAAAAAAGUUUCUGUGGUCCGAUGUGCGGCACGACAGUCAUGAAUCCUAUACCAUUGUGAAACCGG